UCAACGACGAAUUUCCGUGCAUAGCGCUUGAGGUUCUUCCUCUUGAUGGCGCAGAAGCUGGGCGGGAAGCAGCCGUCGGCCAACAGCCGGUAAAUGUCCUCGAAUUUACUGCUGGGGACGCAGGGUUCGGCCGCCACCACCACCUCCUCCUCGGCCACUUGUAACGACGACUCCAUCAUCAUCACCGGGAUGGAGGGGGGGGGCGGGCCGGGCGCGUGCACGACGACCGCCCUGCGCGUGCCCGAGCGCGUUCCGGUCGGAAACAUGGCGGCAGGCCGGCAGUUCCGCUCGUGCGCCUGUUUCUUCUCCGCCAACAUCUUCGUCGGGCGCUGCGGGAUCCACGUCUGUUACCGCGACGAGCGGCAGCUCCGCAGGGACUACGGGCGGGCGCUGAGGGAGCGGGGCUGCGGCAGCGAGGAGCAGAUGGCGGCUGUGCUGCGGGAGAUUGAAGCAGAGGUACAGAGAAGAAAACACCUGGUUCAUCAGUCAGUGGAGCGCAAAGCCAUCAUCUCUCAGUGUUACAAACGAAAACACACAGAAAUGUACACUCUGCAGGAUUCGUUUCUGGCCCCAGGUUUUCUAGAGAUCGUUAGAUACUGCACAGCACCGGAUGCUAAUCUCCAUGGCCUCCAGCGCUACAUCGAGUCCUUCUCAGAUAAGCGGAUCUUUCGACUCCCAAUAUUCACAGAGGAGUUCUGCCAAGCCUUUAUUGAGGAGCUGGAGAACUUUGAGCAGUCGGACAUGCCUAAAGGCCGGCCCAACAGCAUGAAUAACUAUGGGGUUUUACUCAAUGAGCUCGGGAUGGAUGAAAGUUUCAUCACACCCCUGCGUGAAAAAUACCUGCGUCCCAUCACAGCCCUGCUUUAUCCUGACCUGGGGGGUGACUGUCUGGACAGCCAUAAGGCAUUUGUUGUCAAAUACUCACUGCACGAAGAUCUGGAUCUGAGCUCUCAUUAUGACAAUGCAGAAGUCACCCUAAAUGUUUCACUGGGAAAAGAAUUCACGGAAGGCAAUUUGUACUUCGGGGAUUUCAGACAGGAUCCUUCCCCUGUACCAAACUACAUAGAGGUGGAACACGUGAGAACCCAGGGGCUGUUGCACCGAGGAGGGCAGAUCCACGGGGCGCUUCCCAUCGCCUCAGGUGAACGCUGGAACCUCAUCAUUUGGAUGAGAUCAUCAACCAUCCGCAACCAGCUGUGCCCCAUGUGCAACCAGAAACCACAGCUGGUGGAGGCAGAGGGCUUUGGAGAUGGGUUCACAGAGACCUGUGAGGAAGACAUACCUGAGACCGUGGAUGUGUGCUCGGUGUGGUAGCAGGUGGGACAUGCCUUCUGCACAACACAUUGCCUGCAGCUGCUUGCUGGCUUCUGGACUGUGCUGACAGCCCUGGGUGGACACUGAGUCACUUAAGAGGGAGCAAGGUGACAUCAAA